UGCGCGCGUGUUCCCCUCUUCCUCGUUGCAAAUCAUGCCCAUGAUGCUGCCGCCGCUGCUGCUUCUCCAGCUCGCCUCCUUGCUCCGCUCAGCCACAGCCACCACCGGCACCGGCGGCAACGGGAGCUGCACGCCGGAGUCAUGCGGGGACCUCACAAUCAGGUACCCCUUCUCCCUUGCCGGCGUGCAGCCGCUCUACUGCGGCUACCCAGCCUUCGACCUCACCUGCGACAACGGCACCCGCGGCGCCUACCUGAGCAACACGUUCAGGGAGCGCCUCUUCGCGGUCAGCGACAUAUUCUACGCCAACAAUUCCAUGGUGGUCGCCGUGCAGACCGCCUUCGCCGGCGACACGGGCUGCCCCGUCCCCGACUUCAACGUGACGGCCAGCCUCGCCCUCUUCCCGUUCGACAUCAGCGCAACCAACAAGCGCCUGGUGUUCUUCUACAACUGCGCCGUGCCCGCUGAGUUCUUGCUGCGGCGGAAGUGCGCCAACCACACGAUGGGGGCGUACAUCUCGAAUCGCAGCUGGGACGCCGGCGAAGGCGGCACGCCACCGCAGGGGGUUUCCACCAACUGUAACUCGGUGAGCGUGCCGGUGCGCCGAGGAAUGGAGCCAGCUCAGCUGCACUACGACUACGUGCGGCUGAUCAGGGAUGGAUUCCUCCUGAAGCUGCCGCCGGUGCUGGGGGACUGCGACCGAUGCAGACGGAUGAACGGCGGGGAGUGCAGGUUCGAUCAGUUCUCGUUCAAGUGCGUCUGCGGCCCCGACGGGAAGCUCUGCCCCAAUUCCACCCAACCGAGCUCACCAACUCCUCCAGAUACAGAUACAAGUGCAAAGGAUGUUGGAAUAAAGUAUGUCACAGGAAUCACAAGUGCUGUUCUGUUUGUCAUCGUACUGGGACUCGUGUGCCAUCUCAUACAACUCAACCGAGCCAAGAACAAGAAACGGUCUGCGUCAAUGGACGGCCUCAUCCGUGAAGGAUCGCCGCUGGCAUCGCUCCGGAAGGAGUUCAACCUCGCCGGCUCACCGUGCACCCACAUCUUCACCUACGAGGAGCUCGACGCGGCCACCGACGGCUUCGGCAACGCCAACGAGCUCGGCGCCGGCGGCUUCGGCACAGUCUACAAAGGGGUUCUCCGGGACGGGAGCGUGGUGGCGGUGAAGCGGCUGUACAAGAACAGCUACAAGGGCGUGGAGCAGUUCGCCAACGAGGUGGACAUCCUCUCGCGGCUGCGCCACCCCAACCUCGUCGCGCUCUACGGCUGCACCUCCUCCUCGCCGACCUGCCGCGACCUCCUUCUCGUCUACGAGUUCGUCCCCAAUGGCACGCUCGCCGACCACCUCCACCACGGCAAGGAAGACCCCCUCCUCCUCCCGUGGCCGACCCGCCUUGGCAUCGCCGUCGAGACGGCCGCCGCGCUGGUCUACCUCCACGCGCACCAGGUCCUGCACCGGGACGUGAAGACGACCAACAUCCUGCUGGACGACGGGUUCCACGUCAAGGUGGCCGACUUCGGGCUGUCCCGGUUGUUCCCGGCCGACGGUGCCACGCAGCACGUGUCCACGGCGCCGCAGGGCACCCCCGGGUACGUCGACCCGGCGUACCAACGCCGGUACCAGCUCACGGACAAGAGCGACGUGUACAGCUUCGGCGUGGUCCUCGUCGAGCUGGUGUCCUCCAGGCCUGCGGUGGACAUGGCCCAGGCCGGCACCGACGUGAACCUGGCAUGCAUGGCCGUGCGCAUGAUACAGUGCUGCGAGAUCGAACGGCUGGUCGACCCGCGGCUCGGGUACGGGUCGUCAGCGAGCGAGACGAAGGGGACGAUCGACAUGGUCGCCGAGGUGGCGUUCCGGUGCCUGCAGCCGGAGCAGGACGUGCGGCCGUCCAUCGGCGAGGUGCUGGACGUGCUCAGACAGGCGCACCAGAGGAUUACGGAUGGCGCGGUGUUGGUGAAGAAGAGCAGAGACGGGUCGCCUGACUCCGUGAUGAACCAGUGGAUCAGCCCAUCAACCACCUCCAAUUAUAGCAGUUGACAGAGCGGAAAAUACACUUUGGUUCCUGGUUGUAUAUACAUCCUAUAUAGAGAUUUUUUUAAAUAAUUAAAUAAAAAG